UACAGAUAAGUCUUACUUUAACCAGUGAUCAUGCCGAGAGGAAUAUUUCAUACUGAGAAGCUACAGUUUGCAAGGCAUGGUCUCAAAGUUGCUGUAGCAACACRGGGAUUUCAUGGAAGUCCAAUAUCCAAUGCAGUUCAGUAUUAUCCUAACCAAUCAGAGACAAGCAAAGAUAACAAACCAGUUGCUGUGCUGUUUGGUUGGUUACUGGCUAAAAGUAAACAUCUGGAGAAAUAUGGUGAAAUUUACCAGAAUCAUGGAGCAGAYAUCAUGACCGUACACUUGGAAGUCGCAGAGGUCCUUCGCCCUAAAAAAUCAGAAGAAACAGCAAUCCAAAUAUUAGAGCAACUAACGUCUUCUGGUGUCAACAAYAAGCCAAUCAUAGUCCAUGGUUUCUCAGUGGGCGGAUUCCUCUACAGCCAGCUUGUCAAUCAAGUUAUCAACACAAGCAAGUUCAAAUCUGUCAAGGAGAGAAUUCUUGGUCAAGUAUUUGAUAGCCCUGUUGAUUUUCAUGGAAUUCCAUAUGGAAUCUCUAAUGCUGCAACYAAGAAYCCAAUUCUACGCUCAGUUAUGAAAAAUGGAAUACAGUCCUAYUUGACACUCACUUCAAAAUACACAACUGACAUUUACUUGGAGCGUUCAGAGCUGUUUUAUAAUAUGCCUAUUCAAUGUCCCUCAAUGUUCUUGUUUUCUAAAAGCGACAUUGUAAGUGAUGCUGCAAGGAUUGAAGAAGUUUCAAAUCACUGGAAAAGUAAUCUGAAGAUUGAUGUCACUAAAAAAUGCUGGGACAAUUCACCMCAYGUUUCACAUUUUUAUACUCAUCCAGAAGAGUACAAAGACUUGGUAAACACUUUUGUAAAACAAGUUGUUUCUUAAUUGUUGUCCAAAGUUUUGGUGAUUUUUAAAUUAUUUGUAGGUGUUUUAUAUCAGAUUCUGUAAGUUAAGUUCAUAAUUUAUUAGAGUGUUUGUGUUUCUCUCGGCUUAAUUGCUACUUACACAACUUGACGUCUCUGAUUCACAGCCAAGAACACUGGAGACAUAUUUUGAGACAAAGAGAGAGCCCAGAAAAACCUUUGGAAYCAGGGUACAAAUUUAAAUACAGUCAAUACCAUGAAUUUGAUAAUGUUAUUCAGUUUCCAGAUUGGGCUGUAGAAGGGAGGGUUGUUUUGAAUUGAUUUAGAUUCAAGUGCAUCUUGCUCAUCAAUUUUUAAAAGCAGAGUAAAGUGGAAAUUACUUUGCAAUCUAACUCGUAUGUCUUUUAAACUGCAUAUAGUACAACAUUAAUAGAAUUGACUGAAUAAAAUAUUAUUUAUAAUAAUAUUUACGUAAACAUAUUGAAUUUUGCUUUUAUCAAAAAAGUAUCUAAAAGACUGGACAAAGCAAAUUUUUACAAAGUUUGACAUUCCUUAGCUGUAAACUCAACUUAUUUGUCUGAGACCAAAAAAAAA